AUGAGAAGGCAUCUCAGUCAGAAUAUAAAACAGCUAACGACCAGCUAUGGCAAUGGCUUUUAUUCGCCGCGACAUGUCGUUGAUUGUGCCUUGGACGAUGCUGUUAAGUUGAAAGAUUUGAAUGCCUUUAUAAAACUGACACCGGAAUUGGCACUCCACCAGGCAAAGGAAUCGGCUUUACGCUAUCAUGAGAAACAACAGAAAAGUCCACUGGAUGGGGUGACAAUUGCUGUAAAAGAUAAUUUCUGUACCAAGGGUAUAACCACAACAUGUGCAUCAAAAAUGCUCCAAGACUUUGUUCCUCCUUACGAUGCCACGGUGUAUGAACGUCUGGCGAAGGCUGGUGCCGUCUUAAUUGGCAAAACAAAUAUGGACCAAUUUGCAAUGGGUUCAGGUACAGUGGAUUCUAUAUUUGGACCCGCUAAAAAUGUGUGGAGCAAAAGUCUAGAUGAAAAGGACUGGCGUAUUGCUGGAGGUAGUUCCGGUGGCUCCGCUUUGGCUGUUGCCAGUGGCAUUUGUUACGGUGGCAUUGGUUCCGACACCGGAGGUUCAACACGCAAUCCUGCUGCAUAUUGCGGUGUCGUGGGUUUGAAACCGACAUACGGUUUAGUAUCACGAUAUGGCCUAAUACCAUUAGUGAACUCUAUGGAUGUUCCGGGGAUUUUCACACGCUCUAUAAGUGAUUGUGUAGAUAUUUUAAACGUUAUAGCAGGACCAGAUCCAUUCGACUCUACAACAAUUCCACGGCCAUAUCGUCCAAUCACCUUACCCGAAAUAGAACAAAUUGAUCUGAGUAAAAUUCGUAUCGGAAUACCAAAAGAAUAUCAUUGUCCCGGAUUAUCACCUGAAGUAUUGGAAACAUGGAGUAAAAUUGCCGAUAUACUGGAGGAUGAGUGUGCCGGUGUAAAGCAAGUAUCACUGCCCCACACAUCAAGUAGCAUUUAUGUUUACUCAAUAUUAAAUCAAUGUGAAGUUGCUAGCAAUAUGGCACGAUACGAUGGCAUUGAAUAUGGCCAUCGGGCCGAUGAUGAUCGCAGCACUGAAGAAUUGUAUGCCAAGACCAGAGCUGAAGGUUUUAACAGCGUCGUUAAGAAUCGUAUAUUAUCGGGAAAUUACUUCCUUUUACGAGAAAACUACAACAAAUACUUUGAAAAAGCUCUCAGAGUAAGACGUUUCAUAGCUAAUGAUUUCAAAAAGGUCUUCGAAAAUGAGAAUGCUGACGAACGGGUUGAUAUCCUAUUAACGCCCACGACAUUAACAGAUGCCCCACUGUAUAAAGAUUUCACUUCGCUUUCCAAUCGAGACCAAUGUGCUGUACAAGACUAUUGUACACAACCGGCUAAUAUGGCGGGAAUACCAGCAAUAUCACUACCAAUACGGCUAUCCAAAGAAGGACUACCCAUUGGCCUGCAACUAAUGUCAAAUGUAUUGAAUGAAAAAUUACUCUUAACCGUGGCCAGAUGGAUUGAAGCCCAGGUGGAUUUCGAUUGUUUUGAUAAUGAACAAUUAUAUAAAAUAAGAAAAUAAAUAC